AUGGAGGAGGAACAUGUACUCGACGAGAAGAAUAAUGGUGGUGACCCUACGAACAAUUCCCCAUCGUCGGCACAGGGCACGGGAGCGCGUAAGCUAUUUUCGACAUUUCUCAUUGAGGAGGAAUGGUAUGUAGCUGAGUCUGACUCGGAUGAUGUGGCGGAAGCCAUACGAGAGGAUGACCUGGACGAUGAAAUACCCGAGGAUGACAACCCGCGAUGUCCCACGAUCCCCUUCAAAGCUUUGGAGAAGCAGAGAUAUCGACGAACCUGGAGCUCAGCGCUCAUUGUCAUAGUGUUGGUUGUACGUUCCCCUUCCCCUUCAUCUCGAAACGGCUAG